CAGGGGCGCUCUGGGUCUCCAGAAGUUAUUAUGUAAUACUGGCCAGCUGUAUUUAAGGCCAGUCCAGACUGAAAAUCAGAGGAUUUCUUUGGAGUCUUUGUGGUAUCAAGAAUGCUUCGGUACGUUGUAGCCCUCUCUCUCCUGGCACUGUCCUGGGCACAGGACUGCCAGGUAGCCAACAUCAACGUCAUGCAGAAUUUCGACAAAACUAGGUAUGCAGGGACAUGGUAUGCUGUAGGGAAGAAGGAUCCAGAAGGCCUGUUCUUGCUUGAUAACGUCGUAGCCCAGAUAAAUAUUGAAGAAGAUGGCAAAAUGAGUGCCACCGCCCAAGGCAGAGUCAUCAUCCUCAACAACUGGGAGAUGUGUGCCCACAUGUUUGCCACAUUCGAGGAGACUGCUGACCCUGCAAAGUUUAAGAUGAAGUAUUGGGGAGCUGCAUCCUACUUGCAGACAGGAAAUGAUGACCACUGGGUUAUUGACACUGACUAUGACAACUACGCAGUCCACUACUCCUGCAGACUAGUGGACGCUGAUGGCACUUGCCUAGAUGGGUACUCCUUCAUAUUCUCUCGUCACUCAACUGGCCUAAGGCCAGAAGACCAGCCAGUUGUCCUCCAGAAGAAGACAGACCUCUGUCUGUUGGGUAAAUACAGACGGGUUGCACACACCGGCUUCUGUGAGAGUGGCACAUCUCUUGACCCACAGUGACACUUUGCUGAUCUUGGAUUGAAUCCCACUGCUUAGUCACCUCUUCUGUCUCCAUCUCUAUUAUAAAAAAGCAGCACAUUCUUCUUUAAAAAUGAACCAAAAUUGAACUAUGAACAGCCACAUUUAUAUAGCUGCAAUCUCAAAUUAAAAGGAAAGAUGGUUGUUAUUGUUCUCUUCCUAUAUUCCCUCAUGAGUACCAUUAAAACAAACAAACAAUCAGAAUGACAGAAUUAUGCAAUCAGCCCUCUCUCAAUGUGACAAACAAUUAUCUGUUAACCUGGAUUUUUAGCAGUACUGCAGCUCUGGGUAAGAACCACUAUGUUUAUUAUAAAGAAAACACUGGUUCAGUGUUCUAAUGAAUGCACAGUAUCUUGUAGUCCUCGAGGAGAUAUUGUUUUUUAACUAUACAUACACAGAUACACAUUAGCUCAUGUGCUAUAUAUUUAUAGGGUCAUAAAAGAGCAGUUAAGUUGUUUCUUUUUCAUAUGACGUUUGCUUCUUGAUCCAGUUUUUGAAAUAAAACAUUCAUACCACUGUG